AUGGAUGAAGGAAAUCAGUCUGUAGUGUCAGAAUUUGUGCUUCUGGGACUUUGCCACUCUUGGAAUAUACAGCUCUUACUCUUCCUGGUGUUUAAUAUACUUUACCUGAUCAUUGUAUUUGGAAAUACUCUCAUUGUGACUUUAAUCAUCACUGACCACCAUCUCCAUUCCCCCAUGUACUUCUUCUUAGCCAACCUGUCCUUUCUAGACCUGAUUUCCUCAGUCACCACUCCUAAGAUGAUCACAGACUUUCUCAGGGAGAACAAGACUAUUUCCUUUGGAGGCUGCAUGUGCCAAGUCUUCUUUGUGCAUUUUUUUGGAGGUGGUGAGAUGGUGCUGCUUCUGGUAAUGGGCUAUGACCGGUACAUGGCCAUCUGCAAACCACUCCACUACUCUACCAUUAUGAGCCUACGAAGGUGCAUUGGGCUGGUGGUGAGUUUCUGGAUCACUGGCUUUCUGCAUGCUUUGAGUCAAAUGGUUUUAAUUAUGCAGCUGCCGUUCUGUGGUCCAAGAGAAAUAGACAGCUUCUUCUGUGAUAUUCCUCUGGUCAUAGAGCUUGCCUGCAUAAAUUCCUCUGCUUUGGGAAUAUUCUUGAAUGCUGGCAGUGGGGUUCUAAGCAUGAUCACCUUUGUACUGUUACUGAUAUCCUACACAUACAUUCUUUUCACUGUCCGCCAACGCUCUAAAACUGCUGCGUCUAAGGCUCUCUCCACCUGCACUGCCCACAUCACUGUGGUGGUGCUCUUCUUUGGGCCCUGCAUCUUCAUCUACGUGUGGCCACUGAGCAUUACUUGGGUGGACAAGUUUCUUGCUGUGUUCUACUCUGUUUUUACACCUCUCCUGAAUCCAGCCAUCUAUAGCCUGAGAAAUAAAGAGAUGAAAAAUGCAAUGAAGAGAUUCAGAAACUAUUACAUAAAAUCUAAGUGCACGUACCACCCUAACCCACUGCCUUAUGGUGGAUCUCAGAUCUGCUUGGGAGAUCACAGUUCUGUGACGUUUAGUCGAGAUGAGCAGCGUUCAGCUAUCCUCGUCCAAUGA